AGUCGCUGUGAUGGGUGCCGGUGUCGGUGAAGGUGCUGUGUACCGCGCAAGCGUACUGCUCCUGGUCGCCGCGUCUGCGCACGUGCUUCCCGCGCACGCCACCGGCCACUUGCUUGCACUUCCCGGGCUCGAAUGUUACGACAGGGUAGCGAUAGGCCGGCGACUCAACAGUUCAGACGUGAGCAAGACUCUAACUGCCAGGACGGUGAAACAGUGUGAGCUGGAGUGCGAGAGAGACAUGUGUAACGGCUAUAGUUUUGGGAUAGCUAGCCGCGGAAACGGAACGUGCGAGAUCAGCAUAGGCGUGCCAGAAAGUUCUCCGAUUGAGGACACCGACUUCGACUUCUUCCUCAAGAGCAGCCGCUGCCAGAACAAAACAGCCUGUUUUAGGCGGUUCGCGACGGGCCGCCGCCUAGCGGAUAGAUACGUCCGUCGUACCAUCGCCUGCCAGUCGCUUCGGCACUGCGAAGAACUGUGUGCCCAGGAGGAGGCUUUCCUUUGCGAGGGCUUCAAUUUCAGAUUUGACGGUACAGGAGUCGGCCUCAGCAGGUGCCAGUUGACCUCGGUGCCCUCGGAACACUUGGAUGCAACUCUCGACUUCAACGCCGACCGCGAUUACGAUUUCUUCGAGCGCGACAGAAACGCUCCAAAGUCAUGCACAAGACCAUGGAGCGGGUUCCGUCCCUGGACACAAUACGGCUCGCAACGCUUUGAUGGGGUUAUGGGGGGCUAUGGGGGCUAUGGUGUUGGGGGCUAUGGCAUGCACCGUCCACCUAGCAGUGAAUGCUUCGUGAGGACCCGUUCGGGUUUCCGUCUACACCGCCACGUCGUGGUACUCUCCAUCUCCGCACCCUCCCUCUGGCACUGCGAGACCGAAUGUGCGAACGAGAGGCACUUCCUCUGUAAUAUAUUUAGCUACCGGUACAGCCAAGGACCCAAUUUGCCUACAGAAAACUGCGAGUUAGGGGAGAGGACGUACCGCAGCUUGGACCUUUAUACGGACGUGGUGCCGGACAGGGACUUUGACAUCUACAUAAGGAAUGAGUUCGGUCGGCCUGGUUGUCUACCACAACACAUCGCUGGAAGUGACUGUUUCGAGAGAGUGCGAAGCGGUCUCGGCUUGGAUAACGGCAUGACUAGGCUUGCGCUCAGGGUCAACUCUCUGCAGGAGUGCGAGCAAGCUUGUAUCUACUCUCGGGCCUUCACAUGCAGAGCCUUCAGUUACAGAUACAGUCCUCCUGUCAUAGGACAAACACCGGAAAAUUGCCGCUUGACAGAUUGGCCUGUACCAGAGAUGAACCCUGGGAAACACCUAGUUGAUGAUCCUGGCUGCGAGUUAUAUCAUCGUGCGAGUUAUGGACACGGUUGUGAACUCGACAGGCCUUACCAUGCUUACCUUCCUCCCUCCACGGGCUCUGGCCCCGCCCAUCACACCCCCUCCACUGGGCUUGGUCACGCCCAUCAUACCCCCUCUACCGGGCUUGGCCACGCCCACUUCCCUUCGUCUGCUGGUUCUGGCCAUUCUCACAAAUCUCCAUCACAUCAUUACCCACCACCUAAGUUUCCACCUACAAAUUUCGGCACUGCCCCAGGCAAUUCUUUAUAUUAUGGUGACCACACGGCUGGGGGUGGAGGCAAGGUGUCCACUUCUUCCCAACCAUGGUUUGGUACCUCUGGUCCACAAAUGUACCUACCACCCUCGGCUUAUGGGGAUACUUCAGGAUUCUCAACCAGGCCACUGGAUGAAUUCUGCUACGUAAGCUACAACCUUCCGGCACGCCUGAUGCCGAACGCCAUCUACAACUCGGUCUAUGUGACUUCGGAGGCUGAGUGCAGAGCAGAGUGUACCAGGGCACGGCAGAGGUCAAUUUUCCGUUGCGCUUCCCUCAGCUACAGGGGCACGACUUGUGAAUUAAGUGCCAUCGAACUCCGGGAUCUGCGGCCAGGCCAUGACUUUUCCCAGGACCGAGGGGACUUCUGGUUGUUCUCCUGGGACUUUGCAGAUGCCAGGUGUUAUGUACCUCCCGCGGGGACACCUCCCACUCCCAGCGGCACCCCACCACCCACCAGUGAGACGUGGCAGAGGUUCACUGUGAGCGGACGACCCUGCAAGUCUGGAACGGUAUGUACCAUGAACUGGGAAGUCGGUAUCUGGACGUGUCCUCUGGAAGGAGGAGACUGGGACUACUGCUGUAGGUCUGGCCAUUACUGUGGAUACUCUCAAGGAUACAACUAUCCAUGGUGUUACGUGGGUAGCGCGGACAGAGACCAAUGGAGGCCCUGCAGUGAGCACUACUUCCCGUACUUCCCCAACGUGCAGGACCGCCCCAUGCACUGGCCAGUGGCGUACCUCCACCGCGAGGGGCCUCCGAACAUGACGAUCCCCCAACACCAGCCCUCAAUCGUGGACAACUUCCUGCAGACUCUCCGUGAGACCGAGAACCAGCUCUUCGGGCCCGUCUCCCAGAAAGUUAACAACUCUGUGCCUGAGUUCCAAGUGGUAGAGUUGAAGACGGAGCAGCCUAAAGACUCCCAAGAGGAAGGAAACGCCAUGGCUAAGCUCUGGACUUGGGGACAAUCAAAGUACAACGGGACCAAUCAAGGAACUGUAACCAAAGUCGAAGUGAACAGUAACAAUUCUACAAGUUAGAGUCUAUUCCAUCUAGUCGCUGUCAUUCACUAGAUUCAAGACACUGACGCAGUGCGUUCUACAUAAUGUUACGUCAUAACAGUAAAGCUGAAUAGAACACUAGAGCCCGAAAAUUACUCUAUAAACCUUACUUAUCUCACUAAUUUAAGAACAAUCAAAAUGUCGCGACUUUGAACUUCCCA